UUUAAAGAAUGGGAGUUUGUGUUUCUAAAGAAAAGUAAAAGAGAAGCUCUAAAUAAUCUACAAAGUCUUAAUUAAGUCUUUAAAAUUUUAUGAUAACUUAAGAUAAACAAACUACUAAUUUGUAUCAAUCAACUAAAAUUCAUGUAGGAACUUAACCAAAAGAAUAUGAUUAUACAAGUAUCAUAAAUAUAUAAAUCUUAGAUCCACAUAGAUAAUACAAUGUUGUACUAAAUGGAGUGGUCUUUGCAGUUGUUAAUUCAGUAGAAAGGUCUUUUAAUGAAGAGCCAAUGAAUCAUGAUAUUUGAUACAUAAAUUUUUAAAAAAAAAGA